AUGGAUCCAAUCAGUGCUGUAGGUAUAGCUCUCAGUGUAGCAUCCUUGGCUGGUCAAGUGUUUACAGGAUGCAUUCAAGGGAUUCAAUUCAUUAUCACAGCAAAGAAUGUCCCUGAAGAGUCAAAAUACUACAAUUUGAGACUGCGGAUGGAACAGCAAAGAUUAUUUGCAUGGAGUGAAACUUCCGGUCUGCUAGACCUUGAUAAUCAAAAUGAUCAAAAAAUUCGCGAAUCCAAUACAUUUGUCAUCCAUCGAACCACCAUCCUAGACCUUCUUGUUCAGAUCCAAUGCUUGUUCAAGGAAUUCGAGAAUGCCCAGAGAAAGAAUAAGCACCUCAAGGUUAUCCCUGACUUCGUAUCAGAUGAGAAUUCUAUCGAUGAUCCAGCUAAAGAUGCCUCAAGUGCUCAUGUACCAUUGUCCGAAUCGAGAAGGAAAUUCAUAAUGAAAGCUAUGAAAUCCCUCAAGACUAAUACCACGGAACAAAUCACUGAGGGUGCACGGCGUCUCUGGUGGACAGCCUUCGACAAGGAAGCAUUUGAGAUUCUUCUUCAACGUUUCUCCACUCUCAACGACAACAUGACGGAUAUCCUUGAUACCCGUUUGCAAACCGAGAUUCAUCGGACGACUCAAGAUACAAACCGAGGUGUAUUACAACUCCACAAAGAUCUUUCUUCUCUAUGCCAAUUGGUAAUGGCCCUGAAUAUCAAGCUGGAUGCUCGAACAUAUCACACGCCAUCGAUUCCUCAUGAUUAUGCGGACGACAACAAUUCGGGCUUAAAGCUCUUGUCCCAGCUUGCCAAAUUCAAGGCAUUCAAUGAAUCAAUUAAUCCCACGACCGGAAGUUUAACAUGGGAUGAGGCGACUGGAAAUGCUCUUUCGCUGGGAAGACCAAACGAUGAAAGGACGAGUCUCGAAAUUGCUAAGUCUAGCAUCCAACUUGCUCCUGAAGAGGACUCGAUAGAUGGAGAUGCCAUUAGAUGCGAGGCUACAUAUUCCCACGAUGGUAUUGAAGAACCAGUAUGGAUUGAAUGGAAAGAGUAUGAUUGCAGUCCUGGUGCUACCUCUCCAUCCCCCCUCAUAGUAGACCGCGUUCAGAAACUUGCUGCACUCCUUCAUCACGAGCCGAAACCAGAAGCUUUCCGAGUUCCUCAUUGUCUUGGAUAUUUCGAUAACCUUACCUCCGAGCCUACUUCUCUCUCUUCCGACUCCGAAGAAGAUGAACUUCCCGAGGCACGUAUUGGAAUUGUCUUUCGGAAGCCACAAUCAAUUAAGACCUCCCCUACCUCUCUCAUCCAAUUAUUCUCAAACUACCCCAAACCUCGAAUCACUGAUCGUAUAAAAUUAGCUCAUGCCCUAUCUAAUUGUUUAUUAUAUCUACAUUCCGUGAAUUGGCUUCACAAAGGGUUUCGAUCGCAUAACAUAGUAUUUUUCCCAGUUACAUCAAAUGAUGGUAAACGUCAAAUUGUGAACUGGGAUCAAGUAUAUUUGAGUGGCUUUGAUUUUGCUCGACCAGCUAGAAAGGAUGAAACGACAGAGAUACCAGGAGAUGGCGAAGAGCACAAUAUGUAUAGACAUCCAAGUACUCAAAAUAUUGGAUUUGGUCCAAGAGAAAGCUACCGAAAAAGCUUCGAUAUAUAUAGUUUUGGUGUGGUAUUAGUUGAAUUGUGUUUCUGGAAAUCAAUAACCGAGAUCAUGACUGAGAUCAGUGGACGAUCUUCAAAGAGAGCAAAGAAUGUACAAGAAAUUCUCAUGGGUGAGGAAAUGCUAUCGAAAAUAGGAGGUGAAAUGGGUGAAAUAGUGGAAGAGGUCGUAGAGAGAUGUAUAGUUGGUGGUAAAGAGCUGGGGAUAGACGAUGGAGAAGAUGAGAUGGGUGAUGAAAGAGUUGCCUCAAAACUCGGAAUGAGAUUUUUCGAAAAUGUAGUCAAGAAGCUAGGCGAUGUCAAAGUCUAG